AUGAGCGAAACAUUUUCAUUGCCUUCCACAUUCUCUGCCCAAGAUUUGGGCACAACAACCUUCCGAUACAAUCAAUUCGAUGAUGAGGAUAAUAUUCGACAAAAUAAUGAAAUGAACAGGCAAAAUAAUUAUGAAGACGAUGAAGAGUCAAGAAGUGAUAGCGGAGGAAGUGAAAUUAGCGAAGAUGAAUACGGAGGUGAUCAUAUGAUGAGAAGAGGUGACAUGUAUCUAGGUCCUGAAGAUGAUGAUGAAGAAAUUGCAAAUUUUGGAGUAUCUGCUUCCGUGGCAUCAUCAAUUAAAAAAAGAAAGAGAAGACUUCGCAAAUUAAAGGAAAAACGUGAGAGCGAGAAGAAAGAGCGACUAAUUGCUCAACUUUCAAGUGCUGAUCAUCCUCAAUAUGAAAGAUAUGAAUGCUUUAUUAGGAGUACUUUUAAGCCUGUGGUGAAACGAUUGAUCAGUGGAUCUACCAACGUCACUGCAAACAAGCAUGCCGAAAUUAUUAUUGCUGGUAUUGCCAAAGUUUUUGUUGGAGAAAUGGUAGAAUUGGCAAAAUCAAUUCAGAAAGAAUGGGGAGAUGAUGUGAAUGCACCCAUUGAGCCUAAGCAUUUACGUGAAGCAUAUAGAAGGACCAGAGAAAGUCAAAAUAGAAAAAAGAAGUAUGCAUUUCGAUAA